AACAGGAAACAAGGGAAGCGUCCUUGGAGAUGUUGUCAGUUAUGUUUUAGAUUUCGCAUUUAUGUCCUUUUACACAUAAAUAUGUGUGUUUAAAAUUUCAUAUAUCAUAGUUGUUGGCACAAGGGCUAACUUCUGACCGGAAAACGGGCAAAAGUUAAAAAGAAACAAUGACUGCAGCUGCUCUGAUAGGAGACCAGCUGAUCCUCGAGGAGGACUAUGAUGAGAACUACAUCGCCUCUGAACAAGAAAUUCAAGAGUAUGCUAAAGAGAUUGGUAUUGAUCCUGAGACUGAGCCGGAGCUGCUCUGGCUGGCGAGGGAAGGCAUCGUUGCCCCUAUGCCUCAGGAGUGGAAGCCCUGCCAGGAUGUGACAGGGGACAUCUACUAUUUCAACUUCUCCUCGGGCCAGUCAACCUGGGAUCACCCCUGCGACGAGCAUUACCGUCGCCUGGUGGUCCAGGAGCGUGAACGAGCCCAGCUCAGCGCGGCCGCAGGAGGCUCGGGGGUGAAGAAAGAGAAGAAGGAGAAGAAGAAGAAGAAAGAAAAGAAGGAGAAGAAAGAGAAAAAGAAGAAGGAGCUGCUCAAGACUCCGGGCGCACUGAGUUCAACCUUAGCCCCCCUCCCGUCCCCUCUGGGCAGUCUGGCUCCUCUAAGAGGUCUGGAUGUCCCCGGGUCAGGCCCACUCUCGGGUUCUGCUCCUGCUCCUGCUCUGCGGCGGUCGCUUGGCACCUCUGGGGGACUGGUUCCCCUGAAGACAUCUCUCGGGGCUCCCCGGAGCGCCGGAGCGUCCAGCGUUUUGGGCAGCAGGCACGAGGAGAGGGUUUCUCUCUCUCUCUCUGGAUUUGAUGACGAUGAAGAUGAUGAGAAAAUCUCAGACGCAGAGCCAAGUCCUCGAGUUUCAGACCGGUUAUUGAAGAACCUUCAUCUGGACCUGGACGCCCUUGGAGGAGGCCUACAGUAUGAGGACAGUGAAGACAGUGGUGGAGCUCCAGCAGAGGAGCGGACGGAGCCGGAGCUGCAGGACCUGGCCCUAUCUGGGGACCACAGCCCUGACCCACCGUCCCAACAGGACUCUUUGAGGGGCCGCAACCUCCGCCUGUCCUCACUGGCUGGCAGCAGAAACCCCGUCAGUGAGGACGGGCCGGGUCAUGUCAGACCUGCACCUGAACAAUCUGCCCAACAGGAAGAGGCAGAGGAGUUAAGUGAGGCAGCGGAGGAGGUGCAGGACGAUGUGCAGAGUGAGAGCGGAGAAGAUGAAGGCGGAGGAGGAGCAGAAGAGGGAAGAAUAGAGGAGAAAGAAGAAGCACAGGAUGAGGAAGCAGAUGAGAGAAACAUCAAAGAAGAGGGGGAUGAGAUGGAGGAAGAGCAAGGGGGUAGUGAAGGGUUUGUAGAAAGCAAAAAAGAAGCAGAGGAGGAGAAAGAGAGCGAUGAGGUUGAAGAGGAAUGCCAUGAAUGUGAUGAUGUAGGUAAGGAUGAAGGGGAUGAUGAAGUGUCCGAAAAAAUGCAAAACAGUGCGAGCCAGGAGACCGGUGAAAGAGAGGAAAAUAACAGCGAGGCGGAUGUAGAAAGUUGCAUCGAAAACAAGCAAGAUGUGACCAAAGAUGGAGAAAAGGAAGAAGAGGAGGUGCAAAAAGAAGUAAAAAAAUCCUCAUCUGAGAAAGGCAGUGAUGAAGAUGUGGAGAAAAGUGGUGAAGAUGGAGGCAGUGAGGAGGAGGAGGGGGAUAACAGCAAAGAGGGAGAUGAGAAUGAGCGACGGAUAGACGAUGAGGAAGGGCAGAAGGGAAGUGAGGAAGAGGAGGUAGAGUUUGGAAGCACAAGAGAGCAAGAGAAAGAAAAGGAGGAAGAGGAGACUGAGAAGGAGAAGGAGGAAGAGGAGACUGAGAAGGAAAAGGAGGAAGAGGAGACUGAGAAGGAGAUAGAGGAAGAGGAGACUGAGAGCGGGGAGGCUUUGGAGAGAUGCUCCCUGAGCCAGAGGAAGCUGACAGAGAGUGAGGAGGAGGUGAAUGAGAGGUCGGUGCACAGUGAGAGAGCAGACACAGAGGGGGAGGGAUCGGAGGUAGGUGAGGAAUUAGAAGCCGCUAAGCCCGCACCUGUAUCAGAGAGUGAGGAGGAAGUGGAGGUUUUUGAGGACGGGAAGGGUCGGGUGCGACCAAUGCUGAGCGACCUUAGAACUCUUGAACAAAAAAGAAAAACUCUCGCUGGCAUGACGAAGAAUGUGACCGAUAAAUGCCCCGCUCUGGCAGAGGAGUCGGAGGUCAGGAAGAACACGGACGAGGCUUCAUCCUCCACAGAUGUAAAGCUGUCAGAGAAAAUGCUGGACCUCAAUGACUUGUCUGGCACGAUCAGUCCACUGGAGAAAGAUGACAAGGAGGAAGCAGAAGACGAAGAGGAGAAGGCGGGAAAAACAAAGAAGGCCGAGGCUUUCAAAGGGAGUUUGAAGAGCGCUAAGAAUAUUGACCGUCUCGUGCUCCACCAGUCCAGCCCUUCACCCUCCCUCUCCGACUCGUCGCACUCAGAUCAAGGUGUCGAGCUCCGUUUGAAAAGCGAAGGCCUCGGCACACACCCGGGGCUUCUGAGGCCUGAAACCUCAAGAGGGCGACUGGUCCGCACGUCAAACACCCAACGAGAAGACAAUGAAUCCCCCUUACAAAACCAAGAGAGCCAUCCGGAUGAGGAACUCGGCUGGAGACUCCGGCAUGACAGAAAGAGGAAAGAAGAAGAGGAAGAGGAGGAGGAGAGGAAGAAGGAAGAGAGAAGUCUUAGAGAGAGCAAAGGAGAUAAGGAGAGGGAGAGGAGGAAGGCAGAUCAUGACUCGGAGGAGGAGAAGGAGCAAAUGUUCAUGAUAAAGGAGAAGAGAAUUCAACUACUCCGAGAGGAGCUGAGGGGAGAGGAGGAGGAAGAAGAGAGGAAGCUAAAGGAGGAGAGUGAAGAAAGACUGAGGGCUCUGCGGCAGCUUCUCCUCUCUAAGCGGAGAGAAGAAGAGGCCAGGCUGAACGAAGAGUCUGAGCAGAUGCUGGAGGAAAUCCGAGCUUCUGUCGAGGGGGAGAGGGAGAGGCAGCAACAGAAGCUAAGGGACGAGAGUGACGUCAAGCUGAAGGAAUUACGGAUCACUCUGGAGGAAGAGCGAGCAGCGCAGCGUGAAAAGCUGGAGGCCCAGAAGAGGAGGGACGUUGAGCGUUUGGAGGCAGAGUUGGAGGAGGACCUGCAGGCGGAGAAGAAGAGACUCCACGAGGAGAGGGAGGAGAAACUGAGCUCUCUAAAACAGGAGGUUAAAAUCACAGAGAGCAGGAGGGAGCUGUUGGGUACGAGACCUGAGAAGCAGCUGGCAGAGUACCACCGAGAGCUGGCUGACGUUCUUCAGGAAGUGCGGGAUGAAGUGCAGCGGGAUCACGAGAGGAAGCUGGAGCAGCUGAGGGAGGACCACAGGAGGGAGAUGAACAGCAUCAGAGAGAAAUACCUAGAUGAAGAGACUCUUCAGAAGGAGCGCUUGCUCUCCUCUCUGCAGGAGGACAAAGAGCAUCUCCAGGCGACACACGCAGUCCAACUGGAGAAGCUCCGCCUGCAGCUCAACUCACAGAUACAAAAGAUAGAGCUGACGCACUCCCGCAAGGAGUCAGAGCUGCAGGAUCUUGUAGAUCAGAUGGAGCUAAGAACCAAAGAGCUGAAGAACCAGGAGGCCAUCAUGCAGACAAGGGCUGCAGAUCUGAAGAGGAGAAGGAAGAAGUUAGGGGAGGAAGAGGACGAGUUGGAGAGCCAGCUAGAGGCUUUACCACAGCUGAUCCAGGAGAGAGACCAGCUGAAGGACGAGCUGAAGAGGACGAGAGAGGAGAAAAAUCAGGCCAGAGAACUUCUGCAGAGAGCGAGGGAGGAGAGAAGUGAGGCCAAAGAGGAGAAAGAGAGGCUGAGGGAGGAGAGGGACAAAGCCAGGGAAGAGAGAAGGAAGGCGAAGGAGGAAAAGGAGCGACUGGAGAGCAAGGUGGCGCUGCUACAGGAGAGAUGUGACCAUCUUAGUCGCAGGAUCGGUGAGAUUGAACAAGGAGAAGGAGGGAGUGCCUCAACCAGACCAGGACAUAGACAAGACGGCAAGAAAGCAGAGAAACCAGAGGUCACAGCGCCCUCCAAUGGCAGGAAAGACUCAUCGCUUCAUGUGGAAGACCUCGACGACCCCCCACUCUCCCCUGUGCCUGACAGCCAAAGCAGCCUGGACGAGUUCAGACGCUACAUCUCCUCACAAGGAGCGACGAUCCAUAAAACCAAACUCUUCCUUGAGAAGGCGAGCAGCCGGCUGAUGGAGAGACAGGCGACUCUUCAGGCGGCCCAGACCAGCUCCUCCGAGGACCCCGACAGGGAAGGAGGGGUGACUGAGGAAAGGUUACGACACCUCCAGCAGCCACUGUUUGAAGAUUUGUCACGGCUGGCUGGAGAAAGAAAAGUGACCUUUGAUGUGAGCGAGUCUGACCUCAGCAGCACUGUCGAUCCAGUGGACGGAACAGGAGCUCAUCCCACUGUGCCGGACAAAGUCCAGGAGUUAGCCGAGUCCCUGCAGCAGAUCUCAGGCCAGCUGAACUCCGUCCUGGGUGCUUUGGGUUCACUUGCCCAGGGACAGAGCAUCGCCACAUCUUAUACAGCUUUCCCUCCACCGCUGUCUCACCCUCACUCCACUGCAGCACCUACCUCCAACAUCUCCACCUCUGCCCCAGUCAUGCCCCAGAUGCUCUCAGAGCCGCCCUGGGCCUGGGCUCCCCAAGGCCCCGCUGCAGCCACCCCUCUCUUCAGUACACCCAUCAGCAGUGGGCUGAGGGCUUCUGAGGACCCCAUCAACAGCCGAUGGAGCCAAAUAUUCCCCAGAGCAGCUAUGGACUCCUCCAGCACCAUGAGGCCGACCUCUGCUUACUCAGCAUACACUCCAGCUAGUGAACUCGGUCGCAGCCUGCGGACGGUGCAGAAGUCAGUGGAGGUGGACGGUCAGAGGCUGCAGGGGCUGAUUGACGGCAACAAGAGGUGGCUGGAGAUGCGCAAGAAAGACCCCAGCAUACCUCUCUUCACUCGCUUUCAGCCUCCUUCCACCAAGAGCGGCCUGCUCCAGCUGGGCCUGGACGACAACAACCAGAUCAGGGUGUAUCAUUACUGAGGGCUCCACGCUCAGUGAUUACAGACUGCUACAGGUCAGCGCUGGGAUGUUUACACACACAUGGACUUGUGUGAGAGUCGCGGGCCCUCUUUCAGUCAGUGCUUUGUAAGACAAAAGGAGCGCCUGCUGUCCUCUGCUGUGAUCGGAGGAUGAGAUGACAGCUGAGGAUGUGGCAGUUAAGGGAACAGCAUGUCUGAGUGCCGAGGACCUAUUUCCUCCAUCAUAACAUGCCGCUGUGUGAGCAAACAGGAGGCCUUUCGAGUACUUGAAUAUUUUUUUUACAGUUUAAAGUUUAUAACUUUAUAAGUUUAAGGGCGUAAUAAGACCAGACAAUCAGAGAGAAGGUGUGCUUACUGUACUUCUCAGUUGUGAAGCUACACGCUGCUGCAGGAUGAACAUACAAAGUGCUUCAGGUCAGCUUGAGUUCAAGACAGGUCACAUUUGUUUCUGUGCCGCUGCUUUGUGCUUUGUAAAAAACAUGUUUUUCUUCAUUUUUUUUUGUUCUCUGACAGAAACAGAAGUCAGAGUUUUAAGCACUUAGUUAUUUUGACCACAUUCCUGAUGUCUGCAGAGCGGGGGAAGUGACAUGUAAAGUGUUGUAAACUUAGCGUUUGUGCAGGAAGAAGAAAACAAGUCUUUUGUGCAUAAAUAUAUAUUUGUGUAAAUUCUGUAUUUUUCUAGAAGAUAUUUUAAUAAAUGUUGUUUGUUAUACAUU